CAAUUUUUUAUAAGCUUCACUGUAAUUUCUAGAUUCUGUCAGAGUCUUUCUCUCUUUCUCAUGUUUCAUUGAUCUUUUUUUUUGUAAGCGUACUCUGUUUCUUGUUCAUCACUCUGAUCUUAUGGGGAAGACGAGCACUUUCACGAGAGACUGGGCUCAGAUCUACGCGAUCUACGGGAUCGAGCAGAAACACACACUCUUCUUCCUUGUACUCAACGCUAUUGCUUUCUCUCUUCUCUCCGCCGUGUUUUUCAUCUACUUCAACCCGAUCUGCGUCUUCGUCGAGUCUUUCCUCCUCUCCAACGCCGCCGCGGCUAGAUUCUCAGCAGGGUUUUUCGGUGCCGUCACGGCGCUUUCCGCCGUGUGUUUGUUUUACGCGGCGGGGAAUUUUUUUUACUCCGCCGUGCCGCUAAGGUACGAGAUGGCGCAGAGGAUGGUCGGAUCUGUUGGGGAUUGGUCGAGUGUGAAGACAGCGCUUGACUUGGGAUGUGGUCGUGGUGUUCUGCUCAAUGCGGUGGCGACGCAGCUUAAGAAAACUGGUAGUUCGGGUCGGGUCGUUGGGUUGGAUCGGUCCAUGAGUACUACUCUCUCUACUCUUCGUACUGCUCACAUCGAAGGAGUACAAGAGUAUGUGACUUGCCGUGAAGGAGACGUAAGGCGUCUUCCAUUUAGUGAUAACUACUUCGACGUGGUGGUAUCAGCCGUGUUUCUCCACACAGUCGGGAAAGAAUACGGUCAGAAGACGGUGGAGGCGGCGGCUGAGAGGACGAGAGUGCUAGGAGAAGCGGUGAGAGUGCUGAAACCUGGAGGAGUUGGAGUGGUGUGGGACUUGGUGCACGUGCCUGAGUACGUGAGGAGGUUACAAGAGCUGAGGAUGGAAGAGAUCAGAGUUUCGAAGCGAGUCACUGCGUUUAUGGUUAAGAGCCAUAUGGUUUCGUUUAAGAAACCUAGUCAGCAUUUUGUUGGCUGUGGUGAAGUACGUUUAGAUUGGAGAUAAUGUUGAAUUACAAACAAACAACAUACUUUUAUGUAUUUAUCGAGGUUUUUUUUUUAA